AUGUAUUGUUACUUUGAAAUGUGAGUUUGAAGGUCUACAAAAUCAUCCAAACUGAAAUCAACAGUUCAGAUUGUUGUUUACACUUGCUAGUCCGUUUCUAUCUGGAUGGGACAUGCCGAGACAUAGGCUGGCCUCGCCCGGCCCAGUCGGCCCAGUCGGAAGUUGCACCUCGGGAUGGAAUCGUCAGCACUGUGUCAGAAGUCGAGGAUUGCCAUGUAAAAAGACCAAAAAUAGUUGUUGCUGCUAUAUAAGUAAUAAGUCUGUCUGAGUGCACUAACAAAUUUAUUCAUUCUUUUCGCCAGUAAAAGAGAAAAAAGUAAGCUGGAGAGUUUCCAUACGUUUCUUCAUUUCAAUCAAACUAGCGACAAACACAAUUUUUUUCAGACUCAAUUUUCAGGCAUGUUAAUAAACGGCCAAGAUGCAUUUAUAAACGGCCAAGACGCAAUAAACGGCGAAGACGCAACGAAUCACUCAGCUCGGAUUCGGUGA